CUCGCGUCAGCCGGUCCACGUAUUCCCGGUUUCUGUGCAGACGUCCCGGGAUAUGUCCCUGGAUGUCCAGAGAAACUAUUUCCAGUGGAGCUUAGGUUUGUUCUCAGGCGACCAAGUUGAACCAUGGCAUGGUGGGCGUGGCUGUUGGUGCAGUCGGUGGUGUGGUGCAGCGCCGGCGUGGUGGCGGUGCUGUGGUGGCUGUGGGUCACCAAACCCCACGUCGACAUCCCUGGGCCGCCCACACUGCCUAUCAUCGGGAAUGCUCUGGACUUCCUGGAGCAUCCAGUGACUGUCAACAAGAUUCGAGACUUCCACCGCCAGUACGGAGACUUGUUGAGGUUCUACGCGGGCCCAAAACUGGUGGUAUUGGCCGCUCACCCAGACGACAUACAACACGUCAUGGUGACAUCCAAGAUAGUAGAGCGAGAUCCCCUCACCACGAGCGCCAUGCGGUCCUUCGUCGGCGACGGACUACUCACCCUCAACGGCAGCCGCUGGAAGACGCACCGCAAACUCAUCAACCCCACGUUCCACUCUGAGCUGCAUGGGAACUUCCUGGAGGCGUUCCACGAGGGCUCCCUCUACUUGAGCGAGCUGCUGGCCACAGACAGCGCGGGCGGCGCCGCCCCCGCCGACGUGCACGCCGCGGCGUUCUCCAGCGCGAUGCGGAGCUUCUGCAUCGCCUCCAUCGGCGUCGACCCUGACCGGCUCAUACCGGACAUAUCGAAGCACGAGGUCUCUGCGGUGAUGAGACGAAUCAUAGUUCUCAUGCAGACGAUGAUGGUGCGACCGUGGCGGCGGAGCUUGUCGCUGCUGCGGCUGAGUUCAGAGGGCCGCGCCAUCUUAAUGUACUAUGCGCACCUGCGGAAGAGUGUAGACGAGGUCAUCGCCCUGAGGUCGGCGGCCACAGAGGAGGGACCAGCCAAGAUGCGGCGGCGUCUGCUCGAGACGCUGGUGAAACCUGGUGGGCAGACCGCCAUCCCACUCUCGGAGGUCCAGGACGAGCUGAUGACGAUGGCAGUGACCGCCACCGACACGACGGCUAUGUUGAUGAGUUACACGCUGGCGCUGCUCGCGCUCCACCCAGACUGGCAGGACGCGGCCCGACGGGAGCUGAAGGACGUCUUCGGCGAGGGCGGCGACUACCUGCGGUCUCCCAGCCUCGCAGAGCUGGCCAGCCUCAGGGUCCUGGAGAGCAUCAUCAAGGAGACGCUGCGGCUGUUCCCGGUGGUUCCGAUGCUCCCCCGGAUACUUACGGAGGACAUCAGGUUGUCCGGUGGGCGGGUACUAGUACCGAAGGGCACGAUACUGUACGUGGCGCCCUUCCUCACGCACCGCCUGCCGCAGUUCUUCCCAGACCCGCUGAAGUUCGACCCUUCGCGCUUCCUGGAGGGUCGAAGUGGCGAAGAGCACCCCUGCAGCUACCUGCCUUUCGGACUGGGCUCACGCAACUGCGUGGGCUCCCAGUACGCGCGCCUCGAGAUCAAAGUCUUCCUGGCGACCGUCUUGAGACGCUUCCGGUUCCUGCCGCACAGCCGCUGGGAGGACCUUGAAAACUCCGUGCUCAGCAUCACCCUACACACCUUCAAGCCGAUCGAGGUCUACUGUGUGCCUCUGCAAGAGUCUGGCCUGUAGCACCACCACCCGACACACCCUCGGACCUCAAUGCGUUCCUGGAGAGGUCCUUCUGCUUCUACAUCCUAUCCAUCAUCCUUCACACGAUAACAUCUGGAAUUCCUGUUCGCUCCUGCCAUCACAUAGGAUCGCUCUCAUGACACUAUUAAAUCUCAUUGUUUCCCAGCCAGUAUUCACAGGAGAUUCAUAACUUUGAUGCACAGUCACUGAGAGGACCUGGGGCACCCACUCUCUUUCAGUCUGCACACUGUCCAGCUGCGAAGGGUUUCCUGUGUGCCUCUGCAGGUGCCCACUUUGUAGGAGCACAAUGUGCCCCUGGACCUCAGUAUGUCCAUGGUGAACAGUGACAGCCACUUUUGUUCCCUGCUAGACAAUCACUUGGAGGACUUGCAAUGCUGCACCCUUUUCAUCAGCCUUCACAUCAGGCAGUCACGGACACCUGUGUGCUCCUGCUCGGCCCAGCACAUCAGUUUGCUCUCAUGACAUUACUUUCUUAGCCAGUACUCACAAGAGAUUCAGCUUCCUGUUACGACUCCACUGGGAAGACCUGGAAGACAAUGCAUUCUCCUUAAGACUGUACAUGGUUGAUCCAAGCAGAUUCUGCUGCAUGGCACUAAUCACAUAAUAACACACUUUUUACUGCUGGAACUCAUUCUCUUUGAGGCCAUCAUCCUAAGGCAGUUUCCUACUGCACAGCCUUUGGGAAGACCUUAUUCAUCCCACUCUCCAUCAACCUAUAUACUGUUGUCAUGGCCUCCUGCAUGCCCAUAAACGAGCCCAGGCUGUAGCACUGCUGGACCUCUUGAUGCAUAUCCAGGAGGUCAUGUGCUUCCUACUAAGCAGACACUGACAGGAUCUCUUCACAUCUAUCAACCUUUAUGGCAUCUGGUCAGGGACUCAUGUUCACUUCUGCAGAGGCCUACAACAUAGGCUCGCUCCCAGGACAAGAUUUUCCUAACCAAUACCCAGGUGAUACACUACUGCUGGGACCAGCUGGAGGAUAGGCAGUGGAGGACUAUGCAUUCUCCUUGAGACUGUGCUAUUCACCCAGCCUUCAAGCAUCUGGUAAGGUACUCCUGCAUUCUUCGGCAGAGGAUCGCUCUCAUGACAUUGUUAAACUUAAAGGCCUUCCUAUCCAAAACUCGGGUGCUAGACAGUGAUUUGGACUACCUUGAGGUUAGUGCAUUCUCUUUGAGACUGUACACCAUCCAUCCAUGCUGGAUCUUCUGCAUUCUAACAACCACACAGCACUGCACACUGCUCGAGCUCAUUCUUUUCCAGUUGAUCAUCCUGAGGCACUUCAGCUUCUGGGCACACGGUUAUUGUGAGGGCCUGGAGUACAUACUGUUCUUUCUAAGCCUAAUGCAGUCCAGGUGAUUAGGGAUACCAGUGUGUCUCUGCAGAGGUCCACGAAAUGAAAAAGAAGAUGUGCCUGAUCUGAGGCACUGCCAGUUCCUGCUACACAGCAGCUUUCAGGAAGUGAAGGGCAAUGCACUCUCCUUCAGACUCUAUACACUAAUCAGCCAGAAAAUUAUGACCAUCUGCCUAAUAGCCGGUAUGUCAACCUUUGGCUCGGAUAAUAGAGGUGAUGCAUCAUGACAUGGAAGCAGUGAGGCAUUGGUAGGUCAUUGGAGGGAGGUGACACCACAUCUGCACACACCACUCACCUAAUUCCCACAAAUUCCAACGAGGCCAGCGAUGAGCUCUGACGCCACGUUCAGUGACAUUCCAGAUGUGUUUGGGCGAGUUGUUGCGCAGCACAUCAAUUUGAGCUCACAAUUGUGUUCCUCGAACCACUGAAUCACACUCUUGACCUUCUGACAUGGCGCAUUAUCUUGUUGAAAAAUACCAUUGCUGUCAGGAAACAUAAUCGUCACAAAGAGAUGUACGUGGAUUAAAACCAAUGUAUGAUACUCCUUGGUCGUCAUGGUGUCUUGCACAAGCUCCAUUGAAGCAAUGGAUGCCUAUAUGAACGUUCCCCAGAACAUAUUGGUUCACUGCCAGCUGCCAGCUUGUCUCUGUCCCACAGUACAGGCAUCAAGGAGCUAAUCCCCUGGAAGACGCCGAUGUGCACUCUCCCAUUGGCAAGAUGAAGUAUUUAUCAGGCCAUGCUGUGCUCCACCGCUGCGCCCUUGUCAAGUACCAACAGUCACGUGUCCAUUUCAUUUGUAGUUAUCAAUGUUGUGGUGUUAACAUUGGCACAUGCAUGAGUUGUCAGCUGUGGAGGCCAAUCGUUAGGAGUGUUCGGUGGACUGUGUAUUUAGAGACACUUGUUCUCUAAGCAGUAUUAAAGUCAGAUGUUAGUCCUGCCUUUCCUGUUUUUCCAGUCUGCUCGCCUACGAUGUUAGACAUUAUGUGAUGAGGGCUGGUCGCCAAUUUUCAGGAAGCCUGGAUGCGGUUUCACCUUGUUUUCGCUACAUGUUGAAACACUGACUGCAGCACUCCUCGAACACCAGACAAGUCAGGCACUUUCCGAAAUGCUCAUGGCGAGACUCCAGGCCAUCACAAUGUGUCAUCGAUCAGACAGACAGAUCGCUUGCCUUCCUCAUUCUACACAUGAAUAGCAUACUCGUACUCCAUGCACCAUGUGUGUGUCAGCCUAACAGUCAUUCCUCAACAGCCGACACUGCUAUUGCAUCGACGAGUUUAUAUCAAUAGUAAAUCUGUGAUCAUUAUGUUCCGCCUGAUCAAUGUUUAAUCCAUUCAAUCUGGGCCUCUUGUGUACCUAUGCAGGGUCCCAUCACAUAGAUCACCGUCCAAAUAGCUAGACUCCUCAACCUCCAUAGCCAGUACCCAGAGGAGACUUUGUUUCCUGCUACAUGCCCACUGGAAGGAUACAUUCUACAUCACCAUAUAGAUCAUCUAUCUGAUGAACGUCUCGUUUGUGUGUUCAAGAAGCCUAAUAUCAUAACUAUCCAUUCUGCAGCAAUUUAAGUUUCUCCUGGCCAAAAUUUUGAAAUGUUUCCCCUUACUACAACAGGUCUUUUGGGAGGACCUGGCACACAAUUCAUUCUGCACUGGAUUACAUAGCAUCCAGUUAAUCAGUCUUCAGAUGCUUAAUGCUCCUGCAGUAGCCCACAAUAACAAACACUGAUGCUGGUCAGAGCAUUCCUGGCCAGUGGCCAAAGGUACAUCCACUUCCUGCUGUGCAGCUGCUGGAAUAGUACACUAUCCAGUUGAUCAGGGCCUCAUGUAUGUCUUCUGCCUAUGUAGGAACCCACUGUAAACUGUCCAUGCAGGUGCAGUCUUUCGCAUGCCUCUAUAGGAGCCCACUGGACACCACCACACUCCACACUACUGUAACUCAGGGUCUUCCUGGCCGAAAUCCUGAAGCGCUCCCACUUCCUGCCACACUGGUGCUGAGGUUAUCUGGAGCAUAACGCACACUCAGUGCCCUACACACUGGACAAUCAGGGCUUCCUUCAUGUCUCUGGACGAGCCCAGCAUAUACUACCACCAUUCGUAUGGAUGGAGCUGAAGGUCUUGCUGGUCAUUAUCAGGAGGUGCUUUUGCUUUCUGCUGCAGAACAGCUAGAAUGAUGUAGGGGACAAUGCACCGCCUGGCAGCCUACACUCUGUCCACCACACAUCUCUGCAGGUGCCUCGAGCAGGCAGCACAUAUUACUGCUGUCGACACUGGUGGGCAACAAGGUGCAGCUUAUCUGAUGAGUGGUUUCUGACGAGCACUUCGAAUUGAGAUUUUUCUAUUAACAUGUACAUACUUAUCUAUAUAUGGAAUAAUUUGUUGAUACUCCAAUUUUAUUAUGUAAAAUAACUCUUUUGUUCUUAAUGUUUGUCUUCUGACAAAGUGCAGAACUGUUUCUGUUAUUGAUGUGUGUGUGGGUAUUGUCUAGGUUGUAAUUAAUAAGAUAAUCUGGAAGCAUUAUUCUCUACGAAAAUUAAUGCUAUGGCUAAUGUAGGGAUAUAUUUUAUCUAUGUAAUAUUUUGUCAAUGUUGAUGAAACUUUGCUGGUGAAACAAGUUAAUAUGCAUUGCUGUGUCACGAAGAGGACUUGAGAAUAUAUACAGAGCACUAUGUGGAUAUUAUAAUAUGACUGUUUUGAGUAUUGUGCUAAGUGAAAGCGUUGUGGAGGCUGUGGUAUAGUAAUUUUCUAUGCUGCAUUAUAAUACAAAUGGAAGUUACUGCUGUUUUAAAUUCAACUAUUAUUAAAAGACUGUGCUCGUACAUUUAAGCUGUGUGGGAGAUGGAGUUUUGAUAAGAUGGAGUUCUUGAUAAGAACUGUGUGAACUGUAUUAAUUAAAUGCUGAAACUGUAAUUUUGUUCCUCAUAGAUUUUAAGCAAUCAACUUCUCUGUGAGCAUUAAAAUGAACUUCAGGCAGACAGAAUCUGACCGAUUGUAUGGACCAUUCGCGCAUUUUACACUUCUUGUGUGUGUGUGUGAACUAAAAUAAAUGUACACAAUCUGAUAAAAUAAACUUGGAAAUGGUGCGUGGUGUUGACAGUA